AUGGCGAAAGAGGAGCCAGAGCACUGCAUGAGCCCAUGCUUCCAGUCCCGACUCACGGAAUGGGGCGAGCAGUGCCUCAGAUUUCAGGCCUCCGGUGAGGAAUGGGGGCCCACGAAGCCAUGCUGCCCGGCAAACCCCUUUUUGGGGCUAGAGGGACUAGAAGUCUGGCAAGGCUUGAAGAAGGACGAGGCGAAAGCAUGCGUGGAACUCCUCAGCAUUGAAGAGUUGCUUGAGUUGCAUCGCGUCUUCCUCGAGACAGUCUCGACUCCAGAGCCCCAGCCCGCUCCAGGUGUAGUUUCGGCAAUGCUGCCGAACCUGCAGCUUCGGCCUUGGGCCGGAUCUCCCGAGGCAUCCGGAUCUGCAAGCUCCUGCCAGAAGCCUUCAGAGGUCGAGCCGAUCUCGUCCGAGAGAACCAGAGGCCAGGGCAAGGUCCACAAGGCCCAGGCGGCCAAGGCCAAGGCCGAGAAGGCCCAGCGCAAGCCGAAAGCCACAGCAAAAGCUUCCGGCAAGAAGCAAAGCCCCUGCCCUUCGAAAGUGAAGGGUGUCUAUUACAGCAAAGACAGACGGUGCUGGCGCGUUGGAAUUUGUGUCCCGUUCACCAACAAACAGAAAUUCGGAGGCUACUUCGUGGUGAAGAAGGAUGCCGAGGCUAAGGCGCAAGAACUGACCAAGGAGCUGCAGAAAGCUUCCGGCUCCGCUGUGACAGAGGCGAGCCCGGCUGAGAGACGCCCGGAUAGUCCCUCCACCAAGAAGAGGACGAACGAGGCGGCCAAGGCCAAGAAGCUGAAGCGGAAGCCCGGCAAAGCGACGGGCAUUGGCAUUGGUUAUUGUUCACGCUCGCGGUCCUGGCGUGUAGCAGUGUAUGACCCCGCUAUUAAAAGAACGAAACAUGGGGGCUACUUCCGCACGAAGAAGGAUGCCUUGGCCCAGGUUCGGGAGCUGGCUAAGACUAAGAAGCCCAGCUCCGAUGUCAAGGGCGUCUACUGUUACAGGAACAGCUGGAACGUACAUGUGUAUGAUUCCGCCACCCGGAAAGCCACAUACGGAGGCUCUUUCAAGUUCAAGCAGGAAGCGGAGGCCAGGGCCAAACAACUGGCCAAGAACGCGGGGGUGGCCUGGCGCAAGCUCUGA